CAGAGAGGGAGAGAGAGAAUCAGAGAGGGAGAGAGGGAGGGGUGAGCGAGAGAGGCACACACUGAUGCUCGGAGAAUGAAGCGGCAGAGUGUGUGAAAGACGCGAGAGCGUGAGAGAGUCCCUGAGACUGGCCACAACAGAACCUCAACAGGAGAGUGAGGGAGAGGGUCUACCCCCUAGACUAACCCCCCGAGACGGAGACGAAUAGAGAACAAGAGCACAGAGCCGACUGAAGAAAGACGACAGACUGCCUCGUCAUUAAGAGGAUUCAGCGAGGGACUAAGAACAGCCAGCCCGCUGCCAGAAGAUUGAUCCACGGGCGUCUGAGAACUUCCUUCGGUCUCAUUUACCCCCUCCCACACUUCUAAAGCCUCUGGGGUCACAGCCCCCCACGACCUCCAACAAGAUGAUCAGAGGGGUCCUCCUGCUCCUGUGGCUGACAGGUCAAGGGGUGUUUGCCAUGUUUUCCCAGCAGCCCCAGGACCUGGUAGUGGUGGCGGGUCAGCCUGUCACGCUGCCAUGCUCAAUUCCAGGCUACCAUGGUGUGGUGCUGUGGAUCAAAGAUGGCCUGGCUUUGGGUGUCGGAAGAGACCUUUCUGGUUACCCUCGCUACACCGUGGUUGGAGAUCACAGUUCUGGAGAGCAUCACUUGAGGAUCCAGAGAGUUGAGCUGAUGGACGAUGCGGUCUUUGAGUGCCAGGCCAUCCAGGCUGCCAUGAGGUCCCGUCCUGCGAGGCUUACAGUACUCGUUCCCCCAGAAGACCCAGUUAUCGAUGGAGGCCCCAUCGUAAGCCUAAGAGCCGGAGACCCUCUCAACCUGACAUGCCAUGCCGACAACGCCAAGCCUGCUGCCUCCAUCAUCUGGAUCCGCAACGGGGAGGUUCUAAAUGGAGCCAUGUACUCUAAGACCCUUCUCCGGGACGGCAGGAGAGAGAGUACCGUCAGCACCCUCUACAUUUCACCUUCCAACAUUGAGACGGGGCAGAAGAUCAUCUGCCGGGCGUCUAACAAAGCCAUUCCCAACGGCAAGGAGACCAGCGUCACCAUUGACAUCCAACAUUUGCCACUUGUUAACCUUUCCGUGGAGCCCCAGCCAGUUUUGGAAGGAAACCUGGUGAAGUUUCACUGCUCUGCUAAAGCCAAUCCUCCAGUCACACAGUACAAAUGGGCCAAAGGAGGCACCGUGAUCAAGGAAGUGUCUGGAGACACCUAUGAGGUCAUCGUGGAUCACUCUUUCUUCACUGAAGCCGUCUCCUGCGAGGUCACCAACCCUCUGGGCAGCACCAACAUCAGUCGCAAUGUGGACGUCUACUUUGGGCCACGGAUGGCUGCAGAGCCCCAGUCCCUACAGGUGGACCUGGGCUCAGAUGCUGUGUUCAACUGUGCCUGGACAGGAAAUCCGUCUCUGACCAUAGUGUGGAUGAAGAGAGGAUCUGGAGUGGUGCUGAGCAACGAGAACAUCCUCACUUUGAAGGCGGUGAGGCAGGAGGAUGCUGGGAAAUACGUGUGCCGAGCUGUGGUCCCUCGAGUCGGAGCCGGAGAAAAGGAAGUCUCGCUCACAGUGAAUGGCCCUCCGACCAUCUCCAGCACCCAGACGCACCAGGCUCCUCACGGAGAGAAGGGCCAGAUCAAGUGCUUCAUCCGCAGCACCCCGCCUCCCGACCGCAUCGCCUGGUCAUGGAAGGAGACUGUCCUGGAGUCUGGAACAUCUGGUCGCUACACAGUGGAGACGGUCAGCACUGAAGACGGCGUGCUGUCCACCCUGACCAUGAGCAACAUCGUCCCCGCCGACUUCCAGACCAUUUACAACUGCACAGCCUGGAACAGCUUCGGCUCCGACACCGAAAUCAUCCGCCUCAAGGAACAAGGUGGGAGCCAAGAGUCGCUGCCGGUCGCCGUAAUCAUCGGCGUGGCUGUGGGAGCCUUCGUGGCCUUCAUUGUCCUCAUCGGCACCAUCGGAGCCUUCUGCUGCACUCGCUCUCAGAGAAAAGACGCUCACCUGGUUAUGCCCUCCCUCCCUGCCUCCAUCUGUGCUCAGCAGAGAGAACUUGCAAGCAAAAUUAAGACAGAAAUUGACGAACCGCCUGAAGUAAAGUAUGCGUCUCUCAUAGACCUCAAAGGCGUGGUGUCGGCUAAGAACGAUAUCCGGGUGGAGAUCGUGCACAAAGACCAUAACGCUGCACGAGAAAAUGAGGACCAUGCCGCCAUGAAGCAGCUGAUGAUCGAGCGCGGAGAGUUCCAGCAGGAGUCUGUUCUGAAGCAGCUGGAGGUUCUGCAGGAGGAGGAGAAAGAAUACCAGCACAUCAAGGAUCCCACUAACGGCUACUACAGCGUGAACACCUUCAAGGAGCACCACGGCACCCCCACCAUCACACUGGCCAGCAACCAGAACUCGACAGAACUGCGGCGGGACGCAACCAACACAGGCGGCAACACGAUCGGCAAACAGCGGGUCCCCACAGGCAUGUCCUUCACCAACAUCUACUCAACACUGGGCGCUGGGCCCAACCGCCUGUACGACUACGGCCAGCGCUUUGUGCUGGGCAUGGGCAGCAGCUCCAUCGAGCUGUGCGAGCGUGAGUUCCAGCGCGGCUCACUGAGCGACUCCAGCUCCUUCCUGGAAGCACAGUGCGACAGCAGCGCCAGCAGCUACAGCAAGCAGGACGGCUACGUGCAGUUUGACAAGGACAGCAAGGCCUCGGCCUCCUCAUCCUCGCACUACUCGCAGUCGUCCUCACAAAACUCAGACCUCACGAGGCCCCUGCAGAAGCGGAUGCAGACACAUGUGUGACACUGCCACCCGGUGGAUGGAGGACUUGUGAUGUAAAUGAAAAUGUGGGACAAAAGACAAAUGCAGGAACCAGAUCAAGCACAUGACCUAUACUUUUUCUGUUUUCUUUUAGUUUCUUUUUCCUACUCUUUCUUUUGUUUCUACCUUCGAAGGAUGGCUUCAUCAUAAGAAUAUCCGUGUCUGAGUUGUCGACGUACUGUAUUUCCAGCUUUAAAAGCCUUACCGUUAUUCUAACCCUACUUGAGUCUGAGAUUUCCCAACUCUGGUCGAUUCCUGACGAAUGACUUGGAAAUGAUAUUGGGUUUUAAAACCCUGGGUCACAAAACCCAGAACCCUUAAAUGUGGGAGUACGGCACUGAAGUAAUGUUCGUGCAGCAUACAUCAAUGACAUCAUUGUAUAGUGUAGGCUUCCCGGAACUGAACAGGAGGCUCCUAAGAACUGAAAGGUACUGCACUUUGUUUGUUCAUCGACCACCUACCUCCCCUAAGGAGUUGCAAGGCAGGACAGAACGCCGCCAGCCACCAGACUAACGAAGUGCACGCAAAGAGUCAGGACUCUUUUUGACACUUCGACAUUUUGCAGGACAGCCAAGAUGGGAGAUGUGCGAAUGGAGCUGAUGAAGUCUACAUUGCUGCCAUGUUCUAUAGACCACAAUGCCAAUGGCAGCUUCAAAAAGACAAUGGCCUCUUGUACUCUCUUGUACUCUGUUGUACAGCAGAGCUGUCUAAGUGAAUCUGUAUGAUUUGUCGGUACCUCGCCUUUCCCUUUCCCCACAGCUAUCGCACUUAUUCAGUGUGGAUGGAAUACAACUUGUACUUGUAAAAAAAAUGAGAAAAGAAACAAAAAAAAAGAAGAAGAGUUUGCCCACAGACUUAAUCACUGUCAGUCAGUAUACUUGGAUCCCAGCCCUCUCGGCUCCUCCGAUAAGGGGUUGCAGAGAUCUCGGCUGGAAAAUGGUUUUGUGCGUUCAGAGCUUGCCAUUCAGAGAUAAAAGAAUAUCACUGUACAUUAUUCAUCUUCUCUUUAUUUCCCCACAUUUUUUUUUUCUUCAAUUGGAACAUUUUCUCUUUUUUUGUCCCUCUUUCAACUCGGUCGUUUGAUUUCACCGACUUUAAUAAGGACUUACACUGGAAGACGAAUGGAUGAUUUCCUCUCUCUUUUCUACUUUUCUGCCUUGAGUGGGACGAUUUGAAAUGUGCAGACGUUUCUGUUGUAUGUGUGGAUCGAGGGAUGUUUUUAUUAUUAUUAUUAUUAUUAUUAUUAUUAUUAUUAUUAUUAUUACACUGCUGUAUUUGUAAAGAUAAUGCUUCGACACUUGGGCAAGUGUCAGAAUCACUGAAAAAGUAAAAUACACUCUGUCUUGUUCCAACAUUUUGCAAAGGCUAUAUAGACAACCGCUUACAAACUAGUGACACACUUUUCCUUGCACACUUGGGUUAUUUCACUUGAGUUGAAUGCUGCGUUCCAUUUGCGCUUGGGUAUCAGAAUUUUGAUGAAAAUUACUAAUUUCCUAGUUCCAAGUGGGAAAUUUGAACUGGAAUGUUCCUACAGGUUAGAUUUUGUAAUCGACAAUUUGGGGGGAGCCUGAGAGCCUGAAAUCUAAGAACAGCAGUAAAAGCGUUACUACUAUACAGUUUACAGGUAUUACUUUUAUCUAUGUGUGUAUCAUUAUUGAACCAGAGGUACACACAGAAAUUUCCAACUUCUAAUAUCUGUAGAGAUUUUACUAUAUUCUCAUGCUGUUUCUGGAUGUGCCAAAAAUACUGCACAACCCCUGGUUAUCAACUGGUAUCAACUGGGACAAAUGCUGACAGUGAAAUCUGAAUGCUUCACUGGAAUACAGUCAACUCAGCUGUAUGUAAUGAUGUAACAUCCUUUCCAGCUCUGACAUGCCACACCCAAGGUAAAUGGAACGCAGCAUCAAUGCUACGAAACAAAUGCUUAGUAUCUCUUUCUUACUGUAUACGUGGUUUUUCAACUGUUACUGCAAAGCCACUUUGUUUACACUGAAACUAAAUGAAUUCUGGCUCAAGUGGUCCCUACGUAAGUCCAUAACUGAAACUAGCUGGAAUGAGGCGGAAAUGAAUCAUUUAUUGUAUACUAUAGCCAUUCACUGGACUGUACUGCAGCGUGUCUACUCACUGUUUUAAGUGAAAUGUCUGCACUGCGGAGAUGUUUACUACAGUACAUGACAGAACUGUUUUGUUAAUUUCAUGCUCAAAAGGUUUAUGUGUGUUAUCAUCAGACUCAUCAUCAAAAAAAAAAAAAUAAAUGCACCCAGAAGGAAAUGCUGUAUUGCAGUACUAUUUGGAAAGAACAUAAAGAAAUAACUUACCAGAAAUAAGUAAUGUCGUAAUAUACAGUAUGUGUGUGUAAGGCAAUAGGCUUGAUGUCUCGGCACGGAGUUGUAGAGGUUCCUAAUGGUGUCAAUCGUGCAGAUCAGAUAUUCUCCUACAGAUUUUAAAUUUCAUCCCACACAUUUUAAAUCAGGCAUAGGUCUAGCAGUGUGGCAGGCUAUAGUAUAGCAUCUGUGGUAUAGCAUCUAAAGCAAUCUUUUUAGAUGGCGGCAGCAGCAUGUGGCCCAGCAUUGUCCUUUUGGAAUAUUGUACCAGAGUGUGCUUUCUUAAGAAAGGGAGGCCACUGGUUUCAGGACCUUAUUUAAGUAACAUCAGGCUGUCAAAUUGUCUGUAAUAAGGAUCUAAAGAAACUAAAUUUACUUUUCAAUAGCAUUGCAAUCUAAAAUAUUCCAUUCCCCUUCUGGAUGCAUCUUUUUUUUCUUGAUGAUGAGUGUGUUUGCAUUGUUCAUCUUUUAUUUAAAAAGCACUUGUACAAUUAUUAGUUACUACUGACAGCACUUGUGUGGGACCUACUGUACAAAACUGGGCACAGUCCAUCCAGACAAACACUGGGACCAACAACAGCAACAGCAAAGAUACACAAAGAGAUACACAAAAUGCAUGCCGCAUGCCACAUGCAGAUGCUAAAAACAGGAAGCAAAGUGGGCACCAACUGUUCUGUAAGAUUACACUCUCAUCAAGAUAUGUACAUGUAUUUGUUGUGCUAUCGAACCUCAGAGCUCGAUAGAACUGCGGGCAGGAGCAAUUUGAGCAGUCCCGGCUCUCGAUAAGGCUAAGUCGGGGACACUAGAUAAGGAUAUAGUCCACAUGGGAGGGAGGUGGGAUUUCGGCUUUCCUGGCAGCCGUCCACGCCGAGAUUAGCCGCAAAGCGCUGCUCUCGCACGAGCCUACAGGAGAAGUUCACCACAGAAGCAUGUGUUGACACCUCCCCGUAAGCGUCUUAUGUAAAGCAUUCACAAUGCCAUAAAUAGUCUAUGUGUUCUGUGGACUUAGAUAAUGACGCAUAGCUUUGCUGUCAACAGGAAGCCCAAACAUGUCGCGGCUUUCCACUGUUUGGGCCUAAUUAUCAUAAAGCUUUGAGGUGUUUUGGCUUGUUUUUAUGAUUUUUUGAUAUAUAUAUAUAAAGCUGCCAGAGCUGUAAAAUGCCCAGAAAGCUAAAGAGUAAAGAGGACAGUUCGAUAUCAUGCCGUGUAAAUAAAGAAGAAGAAAAAGCAAUGCUGUCAAGAAAAGCAAAAUAAAAAAAAAACAACAUUCUGAUGUUUAACUUUUUUUUUCUCUCAGCAUGACUUUGCUUUCUUUCUUAAAGGCUCUAAAAUGGUAAUAUGGAAUACUUGCAAGACACGAAAGAAGUCAUAAAUAGCUUGUAAAUGGUAUGGUGAAUGCUUUAUAUGAGAAACGUAUUGUAAAUCAUUACAGUCUGGAAUCCCCAAUUCAUGUGUGCCACAUUUCUGAUUAUCUCAAUCUCCCUGUUCUGAAGAAAAAUUGAAUUAGAUGUUGAAUCAAGUAAUUGAUUUGAGUUUUUGUGUGUUUUUUUUUUUUUUAAAUCACUCAGUUGAAUGAUUGGUAUUUUCCCCUUGCAAUUUAUACACAAUCAAAUUUCUAAGUAUCCCAGCCAACGUUCUUAUGUAGGGCUUACAGUACAUUAGUGGAACAUGGGCUUGGUUGGUUUCAGGUGGGUUCUGAGUGGGUUUUUACAUUGCACUAUACAGUGAGACCAAUUAAAAAUUAUAAGUUUGUUUGAUUUUACCAAAUUGAAAACUUCUUGAAUAUAUUUAAGAGGAAGAUGGAUGAUCACAAGCCAUCAAACCAAGCUGAACUGCUUGAAUUUUUGCACCAGGAGUAAAGACAUAAAGUUAUCCAAAAACAGUGUGUAAGACUGGUGAAGGAGAACAUGAUGCCAAGAUCCAUGAAAACUGUGAUUAAAAACCAGGGCUAUUCCACAAAAUAUUGAUUUCUGAGCCAAAUGGGCUGAACUUUUAUAGCACAGCCCACCUUAAUCAAACAGGGGUUCCAUCUAGACCUUAUGUGCGGUGUCCCACCUAGAUGGGUCCCAUUACUGACAUCCAUCUAAGUGGAGCCAACCUGGAACCCAUUGACAGAAAAGCUCUGGUGGAACAUUAAACAUGGACAUGUUAUCUGGGUAGAUAGAAGAAACAGCUCUUGUAUAUCUUUUGUCAGUUAUAGGUUCUCCAUCAAGUUCAUAGGGUUCUAGCUAGUAUUAUGUUUGUUUCCAUAGUUCCAUUUCCAGUUCCAACUCAAUCAUGAAAUUUUACCUAAAGGGAUGGCUUGGAAAUGCCUGUCCACAACUGUAUAAGUUGUCCCACAUCUGUAUAAGUGAGGUGUUAUUUUGUGAAUGAGGUUAAACACUGGCAAACAUACAGUUAACAGAAAGUGUGUACUAAAAUUCCAAAAUGUCAUAGGACAGGAACUAGAAUAAAUGUGUCCCAUGACUUUUGCCAAGUUCCAAAGAGACUAAACAGUGUAUAUGAGUGUGGGGUCUCCUAAAUUGAAUGUGGAUGAGAUUUCUGCCAAAUGAGUGAGCUGCUUUUUGGUUAGCAUGGACAAUUCUAGCCAGAUGUUGCCAGUCAUGAUCAUUAACUUCAUUAACUAACCGAAAUUGAAUAUCCCAUCAAAUUGGCACCCACUUUCAGACUUCACUUCACCUCCUGUAAUUGAUGUUGCAUUGCUAUGAGCACCCUGGCCAUUUGUCAACCUCACUCACAAGAUAACACCUCACAACUUCAACUACAAGCCUUGAUCCCAGGUAGUGCUUAAUGACAAUUUCUUAUACUGCUGCCCUAUGACUUUUGGCAUCUGAUUUGUAAACAUAUGUAUUGCAUAUUUAGACUGGUUGGAGAUAUUCUAUAGCCAUUAGAUCUAAUACAGUGUUGCUAGAAUGUCUCUCCAAGGAUAGAAAGUCACUGAUCCCACUGUUUAACCAUAAUUAUACAGGUGGCACCAUGCCCAGCUUUCUCAAAUCUCGACCGAGACUUUGCAAGAAGGUUAAGCCUCAUCUUGUCAUAUGUGUGGCAUUUUGUGCUCACUUCAAAUUUAACAAUUUUCCCCUUGGUCGCAUUUUCUUGGCUUAAGCAGAGACGAGGCCUGAGUCUGCAUUUAGCAGAGUGGCACCUCUGUCAAAACCCUCUGACAGUUGUACCCUCCAAACUGGACCCACACCAACCAAGUUCUUAUCAAAAAUCUCCAACACUCCAACAAUGAUCUCAUUCCUGAUCUCUUUUCUAAAUCUAAAAGCUCUUACUGCUUUAUUACACCCUAAUUACAUCAUUAGGAUCUUUGGAAUUACCCUAUGGGCCUGUUUGCACUGGGUAUUACAAAUUAUCAUGCAUAUUUUUGGAGAUUGGAUCACAUUUGGAUUUCACUUGUGCAAAUGAAAAGCUAACUGUUAACACGCCCUUUGUGAUUGAGUUAUGAUUGGAUCACUCCAACCACAUUUGGAGUUUGUUCAGGUGUAUGUAGAGACGGAUCUUGUUUAAUUGUAUACUACAAUUAUAGGUAUAUCGUCGCUGUCCAAUGAAAAACAAGUAUCUUCAUUUUUUGUUGAUUUUUAAAUUACGACAUAAUUUGAGCAGCCAAACUGUCCCUUACACUGUGCAAAAAUUUCUUAAUGAACGGACCAAUAGAAACUCUUCAAAAUGACCUGAAAUAAACUCUUUUUACAUUGACUUCCACUUAAAGUUUAACGUUUUUUCUCUCUCCUGUAAAGUUGCUGUUUUGGAGAUACUUAUUUUUUAUUGGACAGCGAUGAUAUACAGAAUGUUUUUUUGUGAUCAAUUUCUGUCAAGCUAACAAACUAACAAACAAAAGUAAUUAAUUGCUAUAUUUAUUGUUAUUAUGGAUCCUCAACCAUUCUUUUGAAUUGUUCAAAGUGGUCCAGAUCAGAGUGAUUUUUGACUGAAUUUUUUUUUUCCUUUUUAGGAAUAGGAGUUGCCCAUAUAAGUCUUAUUUUAACAAUCUUUAGACAGCUGUCAACAGCAUCCCACGCAUCGUGACUUAGGGCGUGUCAGUGUGUCUUUGCUAUCGUAACGACAGGAAAAGCUUGAAACAUGCAAAAGUCAUGUACUAAUUCUGAUUUUGGCCAAUUGCUAUUUCAAUAGUGCAGCUACCUGGACGUGUCCAGCACUUCCGUAACAAGAGGGGGUGUACUGUUGGUGUCUGCCUAGAGUGUGUUCAGUCAGUGGGGCAACUAUGUUUUCCAGUGCCAAGAUAGCAAUACUCCAGAAAUGAACCUCAACAGACCUUCCAGACUUCCAGACCACCAUGCCCAUCAGUGUAGAUACAUUCACAAGCCCUGUUGCUAUUUAAAUUAUGCAGGUGGAAGGCCUGAAAAUAGAUGUUUAAUUUAUGUCACAUUGUCUAAAGAAACUGCUCAAUCGAGUCGAAGACCUACAUUAUUUCAAUUCACAGAAAACACAACAGUCUAAACCCUCUCCUUCACCUGCUAGGAAAACAACCGGCACAACAAACGAGUCAGCAGAAGCCGUAAGCACUUCACGUGGCAUUGUAUUCGCAACAUUUCAGUGGGCUUCAUACAUGAGUGCCACUGGAUGAGUCUAAUUUUACAAAGAGAUUGGUGCCCACUGCCAGGCUUAAACACAACAAGGCCUGUUUCAAUGCUGAUAAUACAGCUCAGCACGCUCCAUGCACUGUACAUAAAUCCCUAAUGCUAUCUGUACAGAACUUUGCUGUUAUUUUCCUUUGUUCUUUAGUCGCUUUGGAUAUUAAAGAGCAAAAAACUAAAUUUCAUGCCACUGACACUUGUAUAGACAAUCACUCUCUUUUUUUCUUACUUUUUUUUCGUUCAUUAUUUAUUGUUUCCUUUUAAGUCUGCAGUGUUUCCAGUCAAACUUGCCUUAGCUUAGCUGAGGACCGGGUGCGCCGGUUUGGUCCCGAGUUCUGAGACCUCACAGACGUGACUCAAACACUACUUCAGCUCGCCAGAACAAUGAAGCAGUAAAUGCUGUCUCAUAAGAAAAGAUAAGAGCACUUUAAGUGGACAGACUUUUAGAGAACAAUAGACCUCCUGUUUUAGCUGAGAUAAAAAUUUGGCUGGAAUUUAGAGUGUUGUUCACUCAAUACCAAUCAGAACUUUUAAUGAAAAAGUUCUAAAAGCCAGCUAUUGCAAUAUUUCAAGGAUUUGGCUUCUCAGUGCACUUGGUCCAGUUAUUGACCAGUUCUUGGACAACUUCCUAAAACUUGCAUUUGGUUUCUCUUAAUAGGAAACAUACAGUAGUUUGUGUUCUUUUUCUCAAAUACAGGAUUUGAGUUUAAUAGCUUGGUCCAGUUAUUGACCAGUUAUUAUAGAACUUCCCGAAAUCAUAAUACAUGCUCUAUGAUACCAGGAAGUCAUCUGAAGCUUCUGGUGUCACAGUGCACUUGGUCCAGUUAUUGAUUGGUUGUUGGAUAACGUCCUAAAACUAGCAUUGGGUUUCUUCUAAUAGGAAACAUAGUUCAUGUUCUAUUUUCUGAAUCCAGGGUUUUGGGUUCAAUAGCUUGGUCCAGUUAUUGACUAGUUAUUAAAGAACUUUCUGAAACCAGAAACUUUCUAAAACUCCAUCCUGGAACCAGGACUUGUAUUCAGUAGCUUGGUAUUGUAGAACUUCCUGAAAUCAGGAUUCAUGUUCUAUGACACCAGAAUGCCAUAUGAUGGUUCAGGUGUUAUUGUGGCACUGUACAUUGUCCAGUUAUUGACAGAUUAUUUGGAGAACAUGCCAAAAUCUAUUAUGCACUAGGUCAGUUGCUUUUUUACCUGUUAUUGUUGUGAGGAGACCAACCUUUGGGAACUGGGCCUUUGGGAACAUUGAGUGUCUGACGCUCAUUCAAAUUGUGAAUUAUGGUUGAAAGUUAUCCUUCAACAGGAGUCUUUCCCACCAAAUGCUCAUGUGGGGCUUACAAGACUGGAACAUGGGCUAGGUGGGUUUCAGGUGAAAAUGGGCUCUGGGUUGGUUUCCCAAAUGGGUCCUAUUGUUGCAGCCACCUCUAAUCUCUAAUGGGUCCUUUCUAAGCCCCAUAUGCAGUUUACGAAACAGAUGGAGUGCAUGUUUAUCCCCUUUUGGAACAUCAUGGAACCCAUGACGCACAACUUUCUGGUUUUUGAUACAGGCCCCACACUCAAUGCUGUGAAAUGUAGAAAAAGUCAAACUCAAGAUUCUUUACCAAAUUGAAAGAUAAUUUUUACACCAUUGUUUCUCAACGAUGGCCCUCAAAGCCGACUUUUCUUCAAUUUGAGUACUUUUCCACCUUAAUAACUCAAUAAUGGGCUAUUAAUAAGCUAAUUGGUUAGAUCAGUUGUGGAAAGAUCAUUGGACCUCCAGGAUGCCCAUGCCCAUGUGGGCGUACUGCCUGUAUUGGUGGCCCAACUGAGUGCCAGAAAGAUUUGUCCAUGAAUUUCUAUGUUGGUACCACAUAUGUACAGCAGUAGUGGUCCCCACCGAGUAACCCGAUUAAACAUGGGCCAAAAACAUGGACCAAUUUUGGUUGUACCUUGCGCAUUGGACCUUGAUGAGACCCAUGUGAGAUAACAAUGAGCUGUAAUGAUGGACCUAUUUGGGAAGCUCACAAGAAAUCCACCAACACCAAGGAACCCUUUGAUUGCUAGAAGGCUCCUGUAACUUAGUUAACAAGAUAGAUAAGAUGAAAAAUAUAACUGACAUAAAAUGUUAUUACUGAAUCGAAAUGUGGUCAGAAUAUUAUGAACAUAUAUGGAUUGUUAAGGCUGCGUUAACUUUAAUAGCAGCAGCAGCCGCAGCAGUAUUGCAAAACCAAUCUCUGGCUACCAAUCUCUGGUCAAUGCUUACAAAGAAAAAUGCAAGAAGCAAAUUGGCAGCUCAUCUAACCUUGACAGUCUGAGGCUUAUAUACGUUCUUUUGUUGGCUGGCUGCGUAUAGUGUGGCUACUCUUAAGAAUGCAGUGCCGACCAAUAGCUCCCUAUUGAUCUGCCCGCUAUUCUCAAAAUGACUACCACGUCGCCCCCCCCCCCCCCCACUCCUCUAAACACAGUCCCCAGUCUACGCCUGUCAGUCCGCUCGCACAAUGUGUGUAUGCUUAACACCUCCGCUCGCCAAACUCGAGAGGUAAUCAUGGGCAAGGCCACAGUGCUGUCGUGCCAGUCGGAGCCAUUUAUGAGUUCCUGUCCACCUCCAUUCUCUUAGCCAUCGCGCACUGUCCAUACGCAUCGCUUCAAUUCCCAGGACUGUAGUUACGACAGCACAACAGCAUGUGACAGCAAAUAUCACCAUAUGGAGCAGUUUAUGCGUUCCACUGGGACCUGUGUGCUAAAGAAAUCCCUUCCGUUUAAGAUCUCCUCAUUUUCCCAAAGCUGUCUCAAAAGCCCAAAGCUGUCCAGACUUCCCGGCUCAGCCUACGCAAACACGUAUGUACAGCGCAGGCGAACACGGGGUCUGCGAUGGAACAGACGCCUCGGAUUAUUAUGGAGUUGUGUGUAUAUAAUUUGCUUAUCAGAGAACACCUGCAGGUCCCAGGCCCUCUGUCCUGUUGGGCCAGAGUCUUGGACCAUGUCUGGUGUGGAGCUGUUAAGGGUUGUUUCUGCCGUAGAAACCUUCAUAGCUCGUUUAAAACAAAACAAAAAUAUGGGGGAUGAAAAACCUUCUUUCUGUAUUUAAAAAAAAAAAAUCUACAACUACUGCUACUACUACUGUAAAAUGGCCCAAUUGCCUCUUUAAACUGUGCCAAAAUAGCAUUUGCAAAUGUUUUAUUGGUUAUAAACUAUAACCCACUAUCUGAUGGUGUACCUCAAAUUUUGGAAGCCUACAGAUACUCUAGGGUGGAUCUAUACCUUAUGAAUCAGGUUCCCCAACAAAUAUUAAGCCUGAUCUUGGUCUACACAGUACUUUGAAUGGAUAUUUUCCAUUAACAGGAAAAUAUAGUCUACAACUUAAUUAGUUCUUGUAUAGAAUUACUCUGUUUCCAAUAGAAUAGGAUCUAAUAUUGGCACCAUGCUUAAUGCCAGGUGUGAGCUUGAGGGAUACAGGGGUUUGGGGAUGAGGUAAGGUGGUCAUUAGCCAAAAUUCUGACCAAACUAAUGUAAUUGUCGCUUGCUAAAUACAAUCAAAUCCUUACACCAAUGCUAUAAAAUGUAGUUUAAAGCUUCCCCUGGAUGGUAGAGAGACUCUUAACAAAUGCAGGAUGAACUCUGAGUGAAUAAACAUGUGUCACACUGCACAGCACAUUUGGAUUAAUCUAAACAAAAACUAGCAGUUAUGAAUUCUAAAGUACACAAUGCUGCAUUACAGGACUACACUAACAUAUGUUGAAAAACAAUGUCCAACAUUUUACUUGUUUAUUCAUAUACUUUUUACAUUAUUAGUAUGUAUUUGUUUUCCCCAGUAUUCCUCUAAAUUAGUGUUCAUUUUACUCACCUGUUUUCCAGAUCUCUCUAUAUCCACCAGGCUAUUUUUGUUACUGUGCCUUUAAGACACAUGUAAAUGACCUCUGCUCUGAUUGACUCCUAAUAAUGUCAGUGUGAAUGGGUUAGCCUUGGCCAUGUGAUAAUGUACUGUAUGUCAAUAUGUUGGUUUUUGUGAAAUCACAAAAUCAAGGAAUUUAUAAAAGUGUGUUUUUUUUAUAUAUAUGAACUUGGGCAGCAAAUGGUAGGUUUGAAAACUAUAAAAAUGUAUUUUUAUAUUUAUUUUUCACAUUUUAAUUUCCCCCUUUUUACUUUUCUGGUAAAGUUACCAUUUCUGUAACAUUGGGUGUCCUCAUGCAAUGGGGAAUCAAAGAUCAAAGAUGGGCUUCCAAAGAGCAUCUAAGAAAAAAGACAAUUUUCAGGCCCUGUUCGCAUGUAUCCAAUCCACAUGACAAAUGCCCCUUCUUCUUAGCUAUAUAGGGAGUUAGAAGAUUUAGCGUUUUCAUUAAAACUCUGUUUUGCCUGUCCACACGACACAAUGCUGAUUGGCCAGUCCAUGGUUCAGAUAUAGGUCUAGGCAUGGCUUCAGCCAUAAGAGACCUUCAAUUGUUUCCCAGUAAGAAUUUUCAAAGUCCUCUGAUCUACCAGUGAUCUGGGGCCUUGGAGAUCUUGACAUGCUACCCAUGCCUGGGGUUCAGAUAUGGCUGUGGGUAUGGCUAAGGCCAUGAGAGGCCCCAAAGCAAUUAAUAAAAAUGGUGUGAGUCUGCUGGUAUACCAGUGGUCUGGAGUGAUGGAGAGGUCUUGACUGGUUCACAUAUGACUAUGGGAAUGAUUUAGGCCAUUAGAGACCCCAAAAAUUAAAAGGUUCCAAGAAAUGCAAAGUCCUUUGAUCUACCAGUGGUAUGGGUCUUGGGGUUCUCACUCACUAUCCAUGCCCAGGGUUUAGGCAUGGCUGUGGGUAUGACCAUGACCAGGAGAGACCCCAAAAUGGUUUCCAAAGAUGUUGUAAGUCUGCUGUUAUACCAGUGGUCUGGGGGCUAAGGGAGUUAUGACUCUGAAGUUGUGCACAUGGUUCUGACAAGACUUUGGGAAUGACCCCAAAACAGUUUCCGAAAAGUUCAAAGUCCUGUGGUUUACCAGUCAUCUAGGAGCUUCGGAGUUUUGACUCACUUGCCGUUCUCAGUGUUCAAGCAUGGCUGCAGGCAUGGCCACGGCCAUGAGAGAACCCAAAGAGGUCUGCUGUUUUUGACUCUGAAGUUGUGCACAUGGGUUUGACAAGACUUUGGACAUGACUUGCCAUUGGAGACUCAAAAAAUUAUCCAAAAAGUUCAAAGUCCUCUGGUCUACCAGUGGUCUGGAGGCUUAAAUGCCCAGGGUUCAGACAUGGUUGUGGGCAUGACCAAGACCAGGAGAGGCCCCAACAUGGUUCCCAAGGAAGUCUGCUCUUAUACCAGUGGUCUGGAGUGUUGGGUGGUCAGUGCACAUGGUUCUAACACGACUGUGGAAUAAUUUAGGCCAUUAGAGACCCCAAAAAAGUCCUCUGGUCUACCAGUGGUCUAGAGGCUAGAAGCUUGGGGAUCUUACUAUCCAUGCUCAGGAUUUAGGCCUGGCUGUGGACAUGGCUUUGACCUCAAGACAAGACAAGACCAUACUGAUUUACCAGUUCCUGUGUUCAAAGUUUAGGCACUACUGUGGGCCUUGCCAUAAAGAAAACUUAUUUUAUUUAAAUAUUUGGAUACAUGUGGGCAGGGUCCAUAGUAGAUCCAGCAUCACACUGAACACUUUCUCUACCAGUUAAGAUGAUGUUAAUCUUGAAGCUUUUGAAAAGCAGAAACUGGGCCCAAAAAAUCUGUUUGAUGGGGUGAAAGCUUCUGAGUUUUUAUGAGCCAUCGGUUCUUUCCCAAAUGAUUCAGCCCAGCCACUGAGGGAGGCAAUCAGCUGACGAAAUGUUAACGAUAUUUCUGCUUCAUUCGGUCUCACUGUUUGUUCAUAAGAGAGAGAGAGAGGAAGAAAGAGGGAGAAAAGAGAAAGAGAAAGGCAAAGGUUUUGCUUCUAAUUAUUUCCGUACCCAGUGGCUACAUUGCGUCAGUGCGUUGUGCUCUACCGAACCUUCUUUUUGUCUUUUUUCUUUCUUUUUGUUUUCCGGAAAAAUCUAUACCGAUAUAUACUAUAAGUGUACACACAAAAAAAUAAAUCAUGCUUCGAUCAUGCAGGAUGUCGGUGUUGAUAUUGAUCAGUUGCUGUGUCCCAAAGGCGUGCCGUAUGAUUCGGUGUCGAGACCGCUCAGUCUUGGCCUUUUCUUUUCUUUUCCUGUACGAUGAAUUUCACGAUAUCACGCCAGCCACACUGUAAAUGCCACAAGCACAUUUUUAAUUUCCUGCCAGAUGAUUCUUUUUUUUCUUUCUUUCCUUUUUUGUUUCCUUCCUUUUUCCUCCACAAAUCAAUAUCUUGUUAGUCGUUCAAUAUCAUGCUACCGUAGAGAACAAUGGUGUAUACACUGAAGUCGCGAACAACGAACAAUGAAAAUCUAGCGGUUCUAAAAGUUAUACACAAGCCUACAGUACAUGUCAUGGGGACAAAUCAUCAGGGGUUAACCACUACACUUUUCACACAGUGGUUUCUCUCUGUAUCCAUGACUGAAAAAGACAUAAAAUACAAAAAAAAAAGAAACAAACAUACAAUGAACUGAAAUGUAUUUUCCCUGUAAUAAAUGGUCUGUGAUCCUAUGAUGCUUUUACUCUGUAUAUUUGGGAAAGUAAAAAAACAUGAAAACUGA